AUGUCCCACCCCAGCGCACCCCCUCCCUAUGAGGACCGCAACCCCUUAUACCCUGGCUCGCCACCCCCGGGGGGCUACGGGCAGCCAUCUGUCCUGCCAGGCGGGUACCCGGCUUACCCUGCCUACCCUCAGCCUGCCUACGGACAUCCCGCCGGCUACCCACAGCCGAUGCCCCCCAUCCACCCAAUGCCUAUGAACUAUGGCCCAGGCUACGAUGGCGAGCGAGCAGUGAGUGACAACUUUGGGCCCGGAGAAUGGGAUGACAGGAAAGUCAGACACACCUUCAUCCGCAAGGUCUACACCAUCAUCUCCAUCCAGCUGCUCAUUACAGUGGCCAUCAUUGCCAUCUUCACCUUUGUGGAGCCAGUGAGCAACUUCGUGAGGAAGAAUGUGGCCAUCUACUAUGCAUCCUAUGCUGUCUUCUUGGUCACCUACUUGACCCUUGCCUGCUGCCAGGGCCCCAGACGCCGCUUCCCAUGGAACAUCAUCUUGCUGACCCUCUUUACAUUUGCCUUGGGCUUCAUGACAGGAACCAUUUCCAGCAUGUACAACACCAAAGCUGUCAUCAUCGCCAUGAUCAUCACGGCCGUGGUGUCCAUUUCGGUCACCGUCUUCUGCUUCCAGACCAAGGUGGACUUCACCUCAUGCACCGGCCUCUUCUGUGUCCUGGGAAUUGUGAUGAUGGUGACUGGGAUUGUCACUGCCAUCGUGCUGUCCUUCAAAUAUAUUUACUGGCUCCACAUGGUCUACGCUGCUCUGGGGGCCAUCUGCUUCACCUUGUUCCUGGCCUAUGACACGCAGCUGGUCCUGGGGAACCGGAAGCACACCAUCAGCCCUGAGGACUACAUCACUGGUGCCCUGCAGAUCUACACCGACAUCAUCUACAUCUUCACCUUCGUGCUGCAGCUGCUGGGGGAUCGCAAUUAGGGGACCCUUCCUUCGCUUCGGGGAUUAUACCCCAUUUCCUUUCUCUUCUGGCCUGGGUGGCCUCUGACUACACAUACAGGAGACUGGGGUGCCGUGGAGUCAAGGAUCUGGGACUAACCCCUCUUGCCUUGGUGGCUGGGCUGAAGGAAUGUCUUCUCCCCCACCCACUAUGUGGUGCCCUGUUCUCCCUAACAGCUGGGGCCAGAGGGGGGAGGCGGGAAGGAGCCCUCACGCUGUAGCAGGAGGGGGAAUGGGAGGCAUAGACUCCAGGGGGAUGGGGUUUCACUCCCACCCCACCACAGGCCUCUAGCUUCCUUCAACCCCAUCAAAGCUUUGUCCUCAGCUUCCUGGACUCCCAGCCUAGAGCCCUGCAUGCCUCUGGCACCACUCGCCAUCUGCCAGCUCGGGGAGGUGGAAGUCCUAGUGCCUGCAGGUCUCCCUGCUCCAGCCUCUUCUUUCAGGGUGGGAGGGAGGGUGCUGCCGGGGCUUCCUUGUGGCUGGAGACAGAGAGCAGCAGCUCAACUCCAUUUUCUCCACAGCUGCCUGCGGUCUCCUUGGGACCUCUGGCUUCCUGUGCUCAGGGCCAAAGGUAGGGAUGGAGGGGACUGGCUUGCAGGAUCCGAUGUGUGACCAGGAAGUUAACUGGGGUGGUGAAGAGAUUGGAGUGGGGGACAGGGAAGAUGCCACACCUAGACCGAGAUACUUAAGCUACUGUGAUACCCAUGGAAGCUUCCAGAUUCUUCCUGCUAACCUGGGAAGGGCCCCACUCUAGAGGAAGGAGACUUACUCAGUUUGCUCUUAACUCACAUUGAGGUGUCUAGACUUGAGCCCCACCUCUUUCCUGCCAGCUACUGCCCUCUUUGUGAUGUUAAGUGCCUCACACUGGCAUUGGGGGAGGAGAGGGGCAAGGGUCACGCUGUCAGUCACUGGUAGGUGAGGGUGAAAAUCAAACCAGCCCAGUAGAGUUAAGACUUCUCUGUUAAGUACCAGCUUCUAAAUGUAUCACACAAAAGGCUAAUAUAACCACAGUGUAAUAAUAAAGUCUUAUGUACAGAAAUCAGAA